AGAACCAACAAAAACCAACCAACCAACUGGCGAUGUACUUCCUAUUCAGCUCAUCAAACCCAGAAACCAUCGAAUUAUUCAGAUCGACUUACUACAGACCCAAACUAGGACUAUGGAUCCUACUCUUCAUCCUAUUCCCACCCAUCAACCGAACCAACAACACAAAAACAACAACCACCAUCACAGUACUACCAACAACAACUCAUACAACAACAACAGAACCAAUAACAACAACAACACCAACAGCAACAACUCAUCCUUCAUGUCCUGAUGCCUAUCGAGACCAUCGAAACAACCUCAUCUGUCCACAUGCUCCAAAGAGACUCAAGAGCGUUCGCCAGAGAUUCUCGCAGGUCUUGCUCGAAUUCCAAAUCUCAAUCAACCGACUCAUCUCAUCCCAAGAGGACUAUCAACAACAACUCAAAGAACUAGAAAAACAGCAACAACAGCAACUCCAACAUCACCAUCAUCAUCAACCUAGCAACACUCAGAAACCAAAACAAGCCAUCACACUUUCGUCCCUACCUCGUCUGAUCAUCUGCACCCCACUAGCCAAUCCGUUCCUCCACCUGCUGAUCAUCCUACACAUCCUAUUGAGCAUCCAAGCCAUCUCACUCUUGAUCGAGGAUGCGUUGAUCAAGGAUGCCUGUUUCAGUGGGCCGACGAACUACAGCUUCUUCCGCAGGAGCGCGAGUUCCUGGCCGAAGCUAUGGUCCCGGAUCCAGUUCCGGCUGCGCAACCAAUGGAGCCAGCCGGCCUUCCUCGAGCCCUUCUCGCUCUGGCUCCUCCUCCUCGGCCUCCUCAUCUUCGUCGCCUCCGAAACCCUCGGCGAGCCCGGCUCCUGGUCCAGAGGUGGCUUGGCCUGGGACGAUCUGCCCUUUAGGACCCGCUGUGGAUGGUCUUCUUCUUCUUCUUCUUCGGUUUCUGAAACGAGGCCCUUCCGUUGUCCAUCAUCUCCGCCGCACCGGUCCUCAGAAUCUUCGGCUUCUUGCUCCACUCCCCACCCUUCCUCAAACCCGCCCGAACACUCAUCCUCAUCGAAUCCUGCAUCACUCUGCUCAGUCUGCUCCAGCCCGCCCAACACUUCUUGCCCUCUAAAAUCCUCCCCAAACUGAUUAAAGUGCCCAAUUGGUUGCUCAAACUUCGCAAAGACUCUCUCGGCGAUAAACUCGGGUUCCAUGAGGACCAUCAUCUCGAUGCGCUCAAUCGUCGGUUCUUGAAUCCCAAUCAUCAUAACCAUCCUCAUCCCAAUAACCAUCAUCAUCAUCAUUUUUAUCAACAAUCAUUUGACGAUCGGCGUCUGUUCCCCACCAACCAUUCCGUACUCUCCUCGCCUCCUGUCCCCAUCAAUCCAUCAUCAUCAUCAUCAUCAUCUUCUUCUU